AUGAAACAGGAGCUAGCGAUCGACGGAGAUGCGUGGGUGGCGGAGACCAAGGAGACGGUCCAGGACAUCCUGUUGGCCCAGCAGCCGACCGACUUCUGGCGGGCCGUUACCGUGGACGAGGUGUUCUGCGGUCCGGGCAGCCGCGAAGGCGACAACUACAUGUCGAUCAUCAAGCGCGUGGUCGCGCACUGUUCGGUCAAGAUGGGCGAUGGCUCCGAUCAUGCUUUUACGAUUUCGUUGAUCUUCAAACGCCAGAUCACGAACGAUAACCGGCGCAAACUUUUCCGUUGCGAUGCGGCCUUCGAGAGCGAGAUAACAGCCUACACGUGCAUCAUUCCGGUGCUACAGAAGAUAGCGCCCUACAAGCUGCCGUACCCGGAUUGUCUGACCGCGGGUAGCGACGACCGGGGCGAGCGGGUUGUACUGAAGGAUCUUACCACUCGCGGCUACAGCAUGGUCGAUCGGCGCGUCGGUCUCAGCUUCGUACACUGCAGCGCCGUCAUAACGGAGCUUGCCAAGUUCCAUGCAACCUCGCUGGUGCUGAAGUUUGAGCACCCGGCACAGUACGCCACCGUGUGCGCGAAGGUGCGCGAGAUUGUGUUCUGCCCGGAGGCAACCGAGUUCUACACACAUUCCCUCGAGACGUCGCUCCGGGGUGCGGUGGACAGUUUGCGGUACAGUGACCGGGCGGGCGAUCUGGAGCAUCCGAUCCAAGCGAUCGAGCAGGGUCUGACCGGUCGGCUGUAUCAGAUCAUGGCCGGGCUGGUGUGCGACCUGAAGGACGAAUCGUGGAGCGUCAUCUGCCACGGCGACACGUGGAUUAACAAUCUGAUGUUCAGCUCCGAUCUGCAGUCCGUCCGGUUGGUCGAUCUGCAAACGAUGCGCUGCACCACGCCCGUCAUCGAUAUCCUGCAUCUGCUGUACACCAGCACGGGACUCGAGCUACGCCAGAAGCACACCACCGAUCUGCUGCUUCUCUACCGCCGAGAACUGCUAAAGGCACUCGCGCUGCAUCUAUCCACCGGGGAGCAGCAGGGACCGCGCCAACAGCAACUGCUACGCCAAUUCGACGAGCAGUUCUCCUACGGCCGGUUGCGGGCCGAGUACGAUCGGUGCAUUCUGUACGGGCUCGGCAUCGCCAUGUGGCUGCUUCCGGCCGUUACGUUCAGCCCGAACCAGAUACUCAACCUGGACGGGGUCACCAUCAGCGAUUUCAAGUCGAAAAACCACGAGAAACGCAUCGCCCAGAUGGUGUCGGUCGAGUACCACACGCGCAUGCGUGACAUUGCACUUGAACUGUACGAUCAAGGUGCCCUGCAGCGACUCGCGCCAUCCCAGUAGAGGGUGGCGAGGGUGGCGAACCGGGCCAAUCGCGCGACCACGGCGGCGUAGGACGUGUGUCUCGCGCCGUGUACCAGAAUCGAGCUUACGGCAACAUGGAAAACGGGUUCAAGGGCUUUGUAGACGAUGAUGUUGUAUCAGCGCGCUUGAUAGUCGCAUUGUGGCCACGCGUGCGAUUGUUUGUUAUGUUUACCCGGAUAGUAAUAGAAAAAAACACAUACACACAGCAAGCAAAGGAAAAACAUAGUUGUACGCGCGCGGCCAUGCGGCGCGUCAGCGAUCUGCUCUCUGCUUUUGCGAUUAUGCAACGGUCGGUCGAGCUAAAGCUUGGCCUGAUCCCGCUAAUCGGAGUGCUAGAUGUAGGCUAGAUGUGUUGGACCCCCUCCCAGCCGGUGUGGGGGGGUGAUAAGCAACCGUAGGCCUGGAUUGUUGUUUUAUUCGUUUGCCACUGGCAAGUGCUUUUAAAAAAGUGGCCAUUAGUGGCCGGGUUCUGCCUAGGCGCUUCCGUAAAGUCAGCCUGGGGCGGGUCACCAAUAGUUGUGCCAUUUCCAUUUUAACACAUUUCCCGAAUCCCGGUCUGAAGCUCAAAAGAGUUGCUCUAGGAUUAAGGGUUGAAUUCCUUUCGAAUGUUUCUUUUGAUCAUCGGCAGGCGGUUUCGAUUUUCAUUACCGCGCUAACCCGGUCAGCAGAGAUAACGGGCGUAGUGUCCCAUUUAGUCGGAUUGCUCAGCUGAAGGUGACCACGGUAGCCGAACAAAAUAGUGUACCACGCCGCGAUUCGGACUGAACCGUUGUAAUGCGAUACGAUCUUGCAUUGAAACGUAAACAUACGUGACCGAGACCCGUUCGCCAGAGUGGAAUGCGCCAUGUGAGCACUACUGUGCCGUACACCGAGGCACGGAAGGAAACUGGUGCCAGCUGGUGUAGAAGCUUCAUUUCUGAGUUUUAUAAUCACGCCUUUUGUGUGAUUUACGUACCUGUGCGCCGGCCUCGAGCCCACCCGAAGGGGGGAAAAGGCGGUUCGCACAACGGAAAACCUGUUGCUUUCCGCCAGCUUUUGUUUUAUGUUUCAUAGUUUUAUUAACUCACUGCGAAAACUAGUUACCUAUACAGAUACGGGCCGGUCUUUAAACUAGUAAGAUUGUUACAGUUAUCGUUACAAAUAAGAGCAAACAAUACAAAUCGGAUGCACAAUUCACGACCCCGAAGUUCGUUGGUUGUUUUCCCGCAUUCUUACACGCUGUAUUUAUUGUAAGCGAAAAGAAAUGUCACAUUAAAAAAGCCGUUAUU